AUGUCUUCAUCCGAGAAAUACGCACAAGCUGGAGUUGCAAGUGCUCGGCAGAGGAAAGGAGUGGCUGAUGCCCAGUUUGCUGGGCGCCUUGGCGGGAACCAGGAGUUCAUCGCAGAUGUCAACGACGAAGAUGCUCAGAGUCUACUUAAAAAGCAGCCAGAUGCUGCGCCAUUGACGAGCAUAACGCAAUCAUUCGACCUCCGAGGCUUUCUCGUCCCGAACCUAUGGAAAAUGGCAUUUCUUGAAGGAUGGGGUAAGUCGCAAAAUGUGCAUGCAAGUAACGAGCUCACGAUUGCAGGAACGUUUCUCCUCGUUUUCAGUCUCGGUGCAGCUGCGACAGGAUUGACCGCGGUUGACGCCACUCCGCUUGCUAUAACGUGGUCUGCGGCAUUGAUCAACUUCCUGGGGCUUGGAAUUUUCACCUUUUGCUUAGGACCAGUAACAGGAGCACAUAUGAAUCCCACCAUUACGAUGACUACCUUCUUCGUGGGCCUCACCACUUUGCCUCGAGCCAUACUUUACAUUAUAUCCCAAGUCGUUGGAGCGGUUAUUGCAGGAUAUUGGUUGAGACUUGGCUUGGGCGACGAAUGGUACUUUCCAAAGGCGACUCAGGGCGUUAUACCCGGUUGCACAGUCGAUCCAAACGUCGUCUCGCCUGGCCAACUAUUCGCAUUGGAGCUUGUAUUUUGCCAACUUCUGAUCUUCCUCGCGAUCGGCGUGGGCCUUGAUCCAAGGCAAGGCAAAGUCUACGGACCAGCGUUCGGUCCAGUCUUGGUCGGCAUAACUUUGGGAUUCGGGGCCUUGACUUCGUCCCUUGUGAAGCCAGGAUAUACGGGAAUGUCUGCAAACCCUGCACGUUGCCUUGGGCUCAUGGCAGCCAAGAAUGAGUUCCAGUAUCAUUACGUCCAUUGGCUCGGACCGCUGACAGCGUCGAUAUUGAACGGUGUCAUCUACGUUCUGGUACCGCCGUGGGAGCGAGAGGAGUUUUUUUCUUUCGCUAAAAUGCGAAGCGCCUUCUCCAAGUCUCACACCGUCUGA